AUGCCCCCUCAACGUUUUCUCACGGCAACUUCCUCUGCUUCACAUUACAUCAACUUCAUCCAUAGCACUGUGCAAAUACCUGUACACAACCUUUCAAUUACGCACACUUGUUCUAAACAGCACCAAAAUGGGCUGAUUCUAUUGUCACUCCUCAACCACUGGACUUCUGUGCCUCCUUCUUUGAAGUCCAGCUGGAAGUCCUCUGAUUCUACUCCUUGUUCUUGGAUAGGAAUAAAAUGCGACCGCUACAACAACUUGGUCUUCCUAAACCUCACUGCAUCUCAGAUUUUUGGACCGCUUGGGACAGAAAUUGGACAGUUGACUCACUUGCAGAACUUUUCGUUGGCAAUAAAUGGUUUCUCAGGAACAAUACCCCCAGAGUUAGGCAAUUGUAGUCUGCUUGAGUAUAUUGAUCUUUCUAAGAAUCAAUUGUCUGGAAAAAUGCCUCCAGAAAUUGGAAACUGCAAAUCUUUGAAGUCGUUACGUGAAAUUCCACUUACCAUUUGGAAGAUUCAGAGUCUCAAGCAUGUCCUUCUUCAGGAUAAUAACCUCACGGGGAAAUUAUCUUCUGAGUUGACAGAGCUCAAGCAUCUGAAAAAUAUCUCAUUGUCUGACAAUCAAUUCUUUGGACCAAUUCCUCAAGGGUCUAUUCCUAAAUUUGAAGGUAAUCAGAAUCUUUUAGUCAUAGACAUUGGCAAGAACAACAUCAGUGGAGUAAUUCCAUCAAGUUUGGGAAACUGUACAAAUCUUAUUGGUUUAAUUUUGUCCAUGAAUAACAUUAUAGGUCUUAUACCCUCAGAGCUGGGAAACCUCGUGAAACUUCAAGCUUUGAAUAUUGCUCACAAUAACCUCGAAGGUAUUUUGCCACCGGAACUAUUGAUUUUAAGAGAGAAUCAUUUCAGUGGGUUUUUCCCAUAUUUCUUCUCAGGUUAUACUCAGCUUCUCGAGCUACAACUUGGUGGAAAUAUGAUCCAAGGAACAAUUCCUGCAUCAAUUGGAUCAUUGGUUCACUUGUAUGAGUUGAAUCUGAGCGCUAACAAAUUAACAGGUGGGAUCCCCGAAGACAUUGGGAAGUUGAAAAUGCUAGAAAGUCUAGAUAUAUCCCUGAACAGUUUGACAGAGAGCAUACAAGUUCUUGGCGAAUUUGUUUCAUUAACAGAAGUCAAUAUAUCUUACAACUCAUUCUUCGGUCCUUUACCAGAAUGGAAGAUUCAACGACUGAAUUUAUCUCCAUCAUCAUUCUUGGGCAAUCUUGGCCUUUGUGUUAGUUGUUCGACUUCAGAUGGCCUGAGGUGCUUAAAAACUAGCCAUUUGAAGCAAUGCGCCACUAAUUCAACUGACCAAGAAGGCAACAAACAUUCGAAUUUAGUAUUUGGUCUAAUAUCUUAUAUGGAGGUCAAUGUUAAUUGUGAAGAGAAAGAGGCUUUGUUUUCAAAUCACGAGAGGGGUUUUAGAAUUAUUGACCUAAUAGAUGCUGCAGAUUUUCUACAUGAUCGAUAUAUAAUUGGUGGAGGAGGGCAUGGGAUUGUUUAUAAAGCUGAACUUGGUGUUGGAGUUUUUGCUAUUAAGGUUAAACUUGCACGGAGCAAUAGGAGGAAAUUGAACUUGUUCAGAGAAAUUGAGAUGACUAAGAACUUCAUGCAUGAAAAUGUGGCAAGAUGCCUAGGCUCUUCGACAUGUGAAGAAUAUGGUCUAACCAUCAGCAGAUGCAUGGAAAAUGGAAGCCUUCACGAUGUUUUGCAUGAAAGCAAUCCACAAACAUGCUUAUCUUGGAAUGUCCGCUACAAGAUUACUAUUGGAAUUGCAAAAGGACUGGCAUAUCUCCAUCAUGACUGCGAUCCUCCCAUAUUACAUCGAGACAUCAAACCAAAGAAUAUACUCCUUGACUCUGAUAUGCAUCCUUACAUUACUGAUUUUGGUAUUUCCAUUGCUUUGAAUCAGUCCUCUACCAUGGUACGUAUGCGGUCAAUGUAUCAUCUAGGUACCCGUGGGUUUAUGGCACCAGAGAUUGCAUGUCUGAUAGUGCCCGGCUGUGAGAUUGAUGCAUACAGCUAUGGGGUAGUUUUGCUAGAGCUGAUAACGAGAAAGAAAGUAUUGGAUUCCUCAUUUAUGGAAGUGGAAACGACCUUAGUAGGGUGGUUUAAAUCUAUAUGGAGGAGAACAACUGAACUUGAAGAGAUUGUUGAUUCAAGCCUUGCUAGGGAGCUUUCAGAUUUAAAUGUAAAGGUGCAAGUUAUCAAAGUGCUUUUGGUGGUCUUGAUAUGCACUGAGGCAGCUCCAGGAAAGAGACUGAAGAUGAGAGAUGUAGUUGAGUUCUUUGAGGCACCCACUGAUCCAGGAAUUUUUGUUCAGCAUGACAAAGCAUUUCAUUUAGGGAGUUCUCUUGCAUCUGCUUCGGCCUCUAUAUUUUUUCAGGAGGAAGUCAAGAUCACUACCAAUAGAGGUUUUUUCCCAAUUCUUGGUGAGGUGAUGAAGGCUAAUGCAAAUGAGAACAAUCCGAACAUUAUUGGCAGAGGAACUCAUGGAGUUGUUUAUAAAGUUCAACAAGGGACAUCUCUAGUUUAUGCUGUAAAGAAGGUUACAUUUGCUGGGAACAAAGGAAAGAUCCAAAGCAUAUUUAGAGAAAUUACAAUACUUGGAAUGAUUAAGCACCGGAAUCUACUUAGAUUGCUAGAUUUUCAAUUCAAAAAGGACUAUUGUCUAAUCUUGUACAGUUACAUGUCAAAUAAAAACCUUCAUGAGGUUUUGCAUGGAAAGAAUCCACUACCACCUGUAGAGUGGAAUGUGCGAUGUAGGAUAGCUGCUGGAAUUGCUCAUGGAUUGGCUUAUCUCCAUUAUGAUUGUCAUCCUGCCAUAGUGCACCGUGCCAUCAAGCCAAAAAAUAUGCUUGUAGAUUCUGAUAUGGAGCCUCAUAUUGCUGAUUUCGGUACUGCCAAACUUUUGGAUCAAUCUUCUUCAGCAUCAUCUUCAUCUUCACUCGUUCCGAACACAUUAGGGUAUACAACACCAGAGGAUACAUGUACAACAGCAAAUACAAGGGAGUUUGAUGUCUACAGUUAUGGGAUAGUAUUGCUUCAGUUAAUAACCAGAAAGAAGGCAAUGGAUCUAUCAUUUAUGGAGGGAACUGAGAUAGGAAUUUGGGCUAGAAUUCUGUGGGAGGAAACAGGAGACAUUCAAAACAUUGUUGAUUCAAGCCUUGCAGAAGAGAAGAAUCCACACGAGACCCACAAUGAGAGAUGUUAUCAAGCAAUUAGAAGAUAUUAUUAAAAUAAAACACUCUUUUUACUGCUCUUCUGGGAGCUUAUGAAAUCCAGAAUUUUUAAAUUUUUAUUAGGAAAAAAUGUUGUUUGCUAUUAAUUUCAUUAGUAAGAUUAUAGAAUCAAUAUAUAUAUAUAUAUAUAUGUAUAUAUAUAUGUGUAAAUAUGUGC